ACCACAGGAACUUUCAAUGACCGUGCAAGUCUUCUUGUGCUGCUUCAAGGCUGCCACCAAGCGAGAAAAGGAAGGAGACGACAGGGAUGGCAUUAUUGUCUAUUAUGCUAUCUCUUACGAUGAUUUAGUUUUUGAGAUCUCCAGCAACGUUUGUGAUGGCAAACCCUCAUCAUCUCCUCCACUUUAUUCUUGAUGACAUGGAAAAGCUAGACUGACGUACAUUCUCUCGCGGAAGUUCUUACUUUGAAAAUACAUCAUGUGCUAAAUCUUCUGUGUCUUUUUCACUCUGCACUCUUUGAGUCGUUUGGUUUGGAUCCAUCAGUAUGUGCCGGCGCUCGGGAAGGUAUGUUCCUAUUCAGAUCCAGGAAUGUUGCCUUGAGUGUUGUUAUCCAGAGCGAGUAAUGUUAAUAACACUAUCAAAUAUGGUACAUGUAAAUCAAGAUGAAAGGGCGACGGAAAUAAGAUGACUGCACUGGCCAGAACCAAGCAGGCAGCAGCUAAACAUAGAUUCAUUCCUUCCUUCGACCGUGGUGCAGUUAGUUGAUAACGAAAGCAAACCAAAAUGACGACUACUACCGAAUCAUUAUGCUACCCAUUAUUGGAUACCCUCAGUGAAGAACUGCUCUGUACGGUCUGUUCCUUUCUACCCUCCUGCCAAGAUUUGAGGAACUUGGCGCAAACCAAUCGGCAAUGGUCACACUGGGUCUUUGGCUCGCACGCUGCCGAUGGCGUCUUUGGAGAGUUGUAUCGACGGGAGUUUGGCAAGACGCAACCAUUUCUGUUGGGAGGCAAAUUGCAACUAAGUGGACGAGAUGCCUGGAAGGAAUUGCAUGCCAUGAAACAGUGCGUGGCCAUUUCGAAUAACAAACAGCGACGCUGUCAUCCUGCACGCACUAAUAAGCAAAGAGGAGAAACGCGGUGUGGUGGCUGUGAUUGCUGCUGCCGUGCUACUACUUCAACUAAUUCUCCAGUUCUGCCCUUGAACACGGUGGAAAUAUUGCCACCCGAAGAAGAAGCCGAAGCCAUCUUGUACGACAAUCACGACUUUGAUUUGACUACUACUAAUAAUAAUAAUACUGACGACGAACCACGACAACCCAAUUGCGUGGGAUACUUUGGAUUUCAGCCACUCCCCGACGGCGGUAUUGCCAUUUGGGGAGAUUACUCGGGCCUGUUUGUGGCACCCUGUUGGGAAGCACUGGUCAAUUCCAAAUCUCGGUAUCGCGAUCGACUCGUGUCGGUACACGAUGACAAGAAAUCCCAAGUGAUGGAUCUCGUGGUGCAUCCCAACGCAUCGCUGUUGCCGAAUAGUCCCUUUUUCUUGGCAUUUGCUUCGGGGGUCGUCAUGGCGGUAGGAACACGACGACAAGACACUAAUAAUGAAUUCCAAGUCCUCUCGACAUCGUGUCAACAACAACAACAACAACAACAUUCCAGUGAAGUCACUUGUUUGGCCAUUGUACCAAACAAAUACUUGGUCAGCGCCUGUGUCAAUGGACAAGUUUACUUGUACCCCGAUUCUCUAUCGCAACUGAGCUUGACCAAGGCCAUUUGUCUCAAUCCACACGAUGUACCGCGAUUUCCCAUUUUCAACAUGUCCGCCUCGUCGGUGGCGCCGGGACAAGCCGUACUCUGUCUGGGAGGACAAGGACUCAAAUUGUCUCUCUGGCAAUUAGCAACGACCACGUCGCAGCCAGCAGCAGAAGUGGUGAGCCAUCAAGAAUUCGAAUACGAACCUCAUGUCACGAGUAGUAGUGUGGAGGAAGACGACGAGGAAGAGGAUCAAGUCGAUCAUGCCAUUACACUCGUCUCCUUUGUCGGGACCAUUGGGCCAACAACGUCCUCGACUGCUAGUAGUAGUAGUAGUCGUGACAAUCAUAAGAAGGACUUGUUGGUUGUCGGCACCAGUCAAGGGCAUAUCCUCACGUGGGAUCUAGUGCUCGAUGAUUCUUCAACAACAACAACAACAAAUCGUGCUCCGCAGUUGCAAAUGUACACCAGCCAAGAACGGACGCACUGUGGCAGCGUCGAAUCGGCUGAACGCAUUGGGAACAUGCUGUUUACCACGGGAGGCAAGGAUGGCGUCGUCAAGGCCAUGGAUUUGCGCUCGGGCUUGCCGUUGACGUCAUUGUCGGUUCAUCCGGGAAGAGUCAUGGCGUCACCGACACCGGUGGCGCCCCCAGUUCGAUUGAACUGUGCCGUGGUGCAAUCUUGGAUCUGUCACGAACGACAAUCCAUUGUUUGUCUCUGCCGAGAUGGACACGUCAAUGAAUGGUCCUAUCGAAUCAUGCCAGCGCCCUCCAGCAACAAGCGAACGGUUUUGGCUGUCAACCCAAAACUGACCAAGAGACCACGGCUGGCGAAGCAAAUUCAGUCGCAGCCGGUGGGUGAUUCUGGGAGUAGUAUGUCAAACGAAGUGGUGGUGGCUGCUGCGGUGGUGGAUGGGUCGCUGCCACCAAAGAAACGGGAACCAGACGGAAAAGCCAAGAGUGCAGUUGCUACCUUGCACGAGACGUUGGAAGACCAUUCAAGCGUUGGCUAUGACAAGCUCGACGAUAUUCCCAGCAUGCUAAAUGCCUUGCCAUCCGAAGCGAAGGACCUUUUCAACCGUCUCGGGUUUGCGAUUUGGGGCAAGUGUCAGCGGCCGGUUCUAAUACUCUCCCCUCUCAGCGUACCGAGUGGUGCCAUUCGAGACGCAUGGACCAAGGAUAUCCGUGCAUUUUUCAAACGGCAACAACGAUCCAAAAAUACCAGCCGCAUACUCUCACCCCCAUGCUUGGUCCAUUGGCUUGGAACCGAGGAUCCCCGGCGAGCCUAUUCCAUGAUGCCCUUGUCGAAGCUGACUCUGUACGAAGAAGGAGUGGCAAAGAAUCACCACAAGGUUCCGAUCCGGCUAGAGCAGGCAGUGAAUCAGGGUACGCGACUUGAACGAAGUCAAAAAGAGUACCUCAAGGGGUUAUCCCUCCUUGCACUCGAAGCUGCCAAGGAGCCGGAGAAACGGCAUCCUCAUUCCGGUAGUAGCGUUUUAAACUAGCUAGAAGUCGAUUGUAG